AUGCUAACUUCUCUCUUCCUCUCGGCGCGAGCUAUACCAUCUCUGAUCACUAACUCCUCCUUAAACCCUUCAAAUGGCUCGAAAUCUCCCCAAUUUGAUCAAUUUAGAGAAAACCCAGGACACUCCGAUGCCACGAUUAAGGUUCCGACUGCUCCGUGGAUGAAAGCUCCUCUCUUGCUUCGACCCGAUGAGAUUCCCGACACUUCACAUCGCCGCGAGAAGAGGAGCAAGGGAAAAAAUGACGAGGAGAAGACGUUCAAGGCGUUGAACCGUAGAGAGAGCGGUGUCAGGGGAAUGAAGGCGAUGAAGAAAAUCGUCCGGAAAGUUGAAAAGCUCGACGAAAUCAGCGAUUCGGAAGAAACCCAGAUGGAUGAUCCUGGCGAAUUCAAGCCCUUGGGUCGAAUUGCGGAGAAACACGAGCUGGGGAAGAGAUUUGGCGGUAAAAUGCCAUGGGAAAGAGAAGAAGAGAGGUUCAUAUUGCGGAGGACGAAGAAGGAGAGAGUCCGAACGACGGCUGAUCUUAUCCUCGACGAAGCUCUGUUGAGUAGACUGAGACGUGAAGCUUCGAAGAUGAGAAAAUGGUUGAAUGUGAGAAAAGCUGGAGUUACAGAGACAGUUGUGAAUGAAAUCAGAUCGAUCUGGAAGUUGAACGAGCUUGCAAUGGUGAGAUUUGAUGUCCCUCUUUGUCGAAACAUGGAGCGAGCUCAAGAGAUCAUAGAGAUGAAGACUGGAGGCUUGGUUGUGUUAAGCAAGAAGGAAUUUCUCGUAGUGUAUAGAGGACCACCGAGUUAUUCAUCAGAGAAAACCAAUUCGGAGAUUAGCUUGUCACUGUACGAGAGAGAAGCUGAUAGGUUAUUGAAUGGUUUGGGACCUCGUUAUGUGGAUUGGUGGAUGAGAAGACCGUUUCCGGUUGAUGCUGACUUGCUUCCUGAAGUGGUUCCUGGAUACAUAACUCCAUCUAGACGCUGUCCACCAAACACUAGAGCAAAUCUGAGCGAUGGAGAGCUUACCUACUUGAGGAACCUUGCUCAAGCUUUACCAUUUCAUUUCGUCCUUGGGAGGAACCAUAGGCUUCAAGGUUUAGCUUCUGCUAUCGUUAAACUAUGGGAGAAAUGUGUUAUAGCAAAGAUUGCAAUCAAAUGGGGAGCUCUUAAUACAAACAAUGAGGCAAUGGCAGAUGAAUUGAAGCAUCUCACUGGAGGAGUUCUGAUACUACGCAACAGAUACUUGAUUAUACUUUACAGAGGAAAGGACUUCCUUUCUGAUGAAGUUGCGGAUUUGGUUGAAGACAGAGAGAGAUUACUCGGAAGAUACCAACAUUUUGAAGAAACCAAACGUGAGAGCGAUAUAGGAAUCUUAGAGGUGGUAACAAAUGGUAGACAGUUGGAGGAAACAAGCAAAACCGGAACUUUACUAGAGUUUCAAGAACUUCAAAGAAAGUUCGGAGAAAUGGAGAUGGGAAACCUGGAGACUGAAGCUGAGAAAGAAAAACUAGAAAAGGAACUCAAAAGCCAAGAACACAAGCUUUCCAUUCUAAGAUUAAAGAUAAAGAAAUCAACUAUGGAGUUGUUCAAAUUGAAUUCUUUAUGGAAACCAUCUGAGCCAGACGAUGACAUCGAGAUAUUGACGACUGAAGAAAGAGAAUGCUUGAGAAGAAUAGGGCUAAAGAUGAGCAGCAGCUUGGUUCUUGGUAGAAGAGGAGUCUUUGAUGGUGUAAUGGAAGGUCUGCAUCAGCAUUGGAAGCACAGGGAGAUUGCGAAAGUGAUCACUAUGCAAAAGAUCUUCUCCAGAGUUGUUUACACAGCGAAAGCCCUUGAAGCAGAGAGCAAUGGAGUACUAAUCUCAAUUGAAAAACUUAAGGAAGGGCAUGCGAUACUCAUAUACCGUGGCAAGAACUACAAACGUCCUUCAUCGAAACUGAUAGCGCAGAAUCUUUUGACCAAAAGAAAAGCGUUACAAAGAUCUGUUGCGAUGCAGCGACUUGGCUCACUGAAGUUCUUUGCUUACCAGAGAGAAAGAGCAAUAGAAGAUUUGAAGGUGAGGUUGGCAAGUCUUCAAGACUCAUUCUGA